CUACAGCAUCUGAGCGGCUAGUGGCAUCGGCCUCCAGUUAGAAGCAGGAGUCACCAGAGCUUCUAGAAAGGGCUAGAGUCAGGAGCUGGAUAAGUCACCAGGCACACUCCAGGGUUGGUGAUGUUCUCUCCUGCAGACUGGCUCCGAGCUACUGAGGGAAGGGCCAGGGACUUGUCCUGUGGCCCAGAGCUAAGUCACAGGGAAGACAGCAAUGGCUCCACCCAGGAGCAGAGCAGACCUUGCAGUGCUGGUAGCCAUGUCCUGGGCCAGGACUGCAUAGAUGGGCAGAUCUUGGGCCAGUUGCGCCCCCUGUCAGAAGAGCGAGAACCCUCUGGGGCUACCUUCCUUGGGGAGCCUGCUUUCCCUGAGAUGGAUUCAGAGGAUCUCCGACUGGCCUCCUUCUACAACUGGCCAUCCAGUGCUGGAAUUCAGCCCGAGCCAUUGGCUGCUGCUGGCUUCUUCCACACAGGCCAGCAGGACAAGGUGAGAUGUUUCUUCUGCUAUGGCGGUCUGCAGAGCUGGGAGCAGGGAGAUGACCCCUGGACAGAGCAUGCCCGAUGGUUCCCCAGGUGUCGGUUCCUGCUGCAGUCAAAAGGAAGGCACUUUGUGGAAAGAAUCCAGGCCUGCACCCCCUUGCUUGGCUCCUGGGACCAAUGGGAAGAGGCAGAAGAUACAGUCUCUGCCACCCCCUCAGCUCCUGCCCAUGGAGGCCCUGAAUUGUUCACAUCCAGAGGAGAGACACAGCCUGAAGAUGUCAGUGAGCCAGGAGCUGGGUCUGUGCAGGAACAGUUGCGACAGCUGCAGGAGGAGAGAACAUGCAAGGUGUGCCUGGAUCGAGCUGUCUCUGUAGUCUUCGUACCCUGUGGCCACUUAGUCUGUCCUGAGUGUGCCCCCAACCUGCAGGUGUGCCCGAUCUGCAGAGUGCCUAUCUGCAGCUGUGUACGCACCUUCCUGUCCUAAACCAGGUACUGCAAGAUGGGCACCCUGCCUGCCCCAGCCUGUCCCAGACCACACAGUGGGUCUGCUGGGGACACUCGGUAUCAACCACAAACAUAGCACAGCGUGGAAGAAGAGUUCCUGGUUGGUGUGAGGAGUGCUCCUGUUGUAGCUUUGGAAACCUAUUUGAAGAUAAUAAAGUAGAAGGUCUGACUUCAGUGCUCAGCUAGGCUCUAUACCAGAUACCCCCGCCUCAUCUCCUAGUCCACGCUGAGCCGGUCCAUGCUGCUUCUCUCCAGCACAGCAGCGCCUGUCCAGUGUCCAGACACCU